AUUUGGCAACCUCCUCCCGGGGCAUCUUGGCAGAUUGUACUGAGUAAGCCCGUUGACGCUACAAAUGCUCUAUCGCCUGCUCUUUCGGUCUAUGAUAUUGACAUGUAUGGCAAUACUGCUUUGACUAUCCAGCAGAUGCACUCUCAAGGCAUUAAGGUCAUCUGCUACUUUUCAGCUGGCAGUUGGGAAACCUACAGACCAGACGCUGGGUUGUUCGCACCCCAAGAUAUUGGAACUAAUCUCAAUGGCUGGCCGGGUGAGAGAUGGCUAAAUACCCAAAGCAAAAGCGUACGGGAUAUCAUGGCAAACAGGAUCAAAUUGGCAGCGGAAAAAGGUUGCGAUGCUGUUGAUCCAGACAACAUAGACGGCUUUGAGACAAACACUGGCUUCCCUCUUACCCCAAGCACGGCUCUCGACUACCUCACCUUUCUCUCUUUGACCGCUGCAUCCUAUAACAUGGCUACCGGUCUCAAGAACGCCGGCACGAUCGCCAAAAACGCUACCUGCCUGGUCGAAUUUGCCAUUAUAGAAUCUUGCAAGUCUUUCUCCAUUCCUUCCUGCGAGUGCAGCAUCUACCAAAACUUCAUCGCAGCCGGCAAACCAGUUUUCCAGAUCGAAUACCCGCUUGGAGCUCCGGGUUAUGUGUCUUCGCAAGCAUUGGCAAGAAGCUGCAAAACCAAUGGAAACGUUGGGUACUCGGAGAUUAUCAAAGGCAAGGACUUGGGUGGAUGGGUUGAAUUAUGUGACGGAACCGUGUUUAACACU